AUGAAUCACACCAAUACACAUCAUCGGCUUCGUAAAGCAUCAUCAACUAGAUCUCCGCUUCGUGAAGCUAAUCUGGGUAAAGGAAAUCUAGUGAUUGAAGAAGAUGCUUCUUCCUCUGAAUUGAGACCGGAGAAGAGGAAGGUAAACGCGUCUGGUUUUACUGAUUCCGCCGCAGAUCGAUCUGGGACGAAGUCAACGACAGCCGACGCAAACGAUGCUGAUGUAUCGAUUUCUGAACGGAUCUCUGAUGGUUGUGGUGAAGGAGAGGAGUUUGGACCGAAGACUUGGAAUCUGAGACCGAGGAAGCCACCGCCGACGAAGAAGCGUUCGAUUGGUAACGGCGGUUUGGUAUUGAAGAGCUGUAGCGGUUCGUUGCCGGAGAAUAAAACUCAAGGAACGGUUCGAACCGAGGCGAUUCGGUCGAGGAACUGUGCGGAUGCGAAGAUGGCGAUUACAGAGAGAAAGGAGAAGAAACCGAGGUUAUCGAUUUCACUAUCAAAGUUGGAGAUUGAUGAAGAUAUCUACGCGUUGACUGGAUCAAAACCUAGCAGAAGACCAAAGAAGAGAGCCAAGAACAUACAGAAGCAGCUCGAUACGCUUACAAAGUCUCAGAUCAUGCUUGAAAGGAUUGGUUGA